UGUGCUUGCAUCAUUAGCGCAUUCAUUUCCCAAUAUAAGGACAUAUUUAGACCUCUCAGUAUUUAAUAUUUUAACCUUUGGACUGGACUGUCAGUAUUGUAUGUGUCACCACCACACAAAUGAAAUCUUAAAAUGUAGUACAAGUUCCUUUUAGAGUUCAGAACCUACAAUCUAAUGCCUGGAAUAAAGUUUUAUUGCUAUCUGUGAGAUAUUCAGAUGGUUUUAGAUAAAUUAAGCAAAAAAGAAAGAAAGGAAAAACAAAAAUUAGAUGGCAGUAAUUGGUCAAGGGCUCAUUUUAGGUGGCACAUAAAGGACUGAAUGAUGUAUGUUUUUUUUUUUCUUUUUAAUUGAAAUUUGUGAAAUAGAUUGUCCUUAUUCAAAAGUAACCAUCAGUAGAUACAUGAAAAUAUAUUUUGACUAUUAUGCAUGUGAUAUUACAGCUGGAUCUGACACUGUUCCCAAGCCUGCCAUUGAGUGGGCUGCGAAUCAACAUUUUGUCGUUGGAUAUGACAUUAUUCUAAACUGUUCCCUCAUAUGGAAAGAUAAUGUGGUGUUUAGAUGGGAACUUCCAAAUCCAUAUGCAAACUUCAACCAACGACGAUCUACCCAAAAUCGCUCAAACAGCACUUAUGAAGUCAGUACCCUGCACAUAAAGAAUGUGACUAUAAAGGAUAGUGGAGAAUACAAGUGCAAAGUGACAGCAAAAGGUUCAAAUCCAAAUGAAGAAAAGAAGAUGAUAAUCAUUAAAGAGACCCAGAAUCCAUACAUCAAUCUCUCAAGCGUGCCUGAAGUCAAGCUGGAUGAGGGUGAUACACUGAGGUGGAAAACUGAGGUUUAUGCAUUUCCCUCAAAUCCACAGAUAAUAUACCGUAACUGGAGAGGGAAGGAAGUCGUCGAAACAGACAGGGUAACUACUGAGCAUAGCAUGAAUGAUGCUGAAUCAUGGCUGAGGAUAAAAAAUGCUUCUGUAAUAGACUUCGGCCAGUAUACUAUAGAGGUUUCAUCCAAUGAUGAAACUGUAAGAAAAAGCAUGUCCGUUUUUGUCUAUAUUAGGAGCAAACCACAUGUCACACUCUAUCGCAUACCAGCAAGUAUAGAUGUUGGUGAGAUCAAAAAUGCUUCAUGCAUCUCGAGAGGCUAUCCGUUACCUGAAGUAGAUUGGUGUUCCAGCGUGUCCCAAUGGACCCCAAGACUGUAA